GAUUAUCACAUGAGAUUUUUAAACAACGUUCAAAAUGGACGAAAAAUACAUGAACAUGUUUAGGAAUAUACGGUGUUUAAACAAAGAUACACCGCCUGAUAUAGUUGCUCUCAUCGAAGCAGCUGGUAUUCCUCGAUUUAAAUCCGUAGGAAUACAAGCUGGUAGAGUGAAAACAUUCUCUCAUGAUUCUAAUGCAGACCAGGACAAGCCUUCUCUGGCAGACCAUCACAAGGUUGGUUUCUUUACACUGGACAGAUGUUCUCAGACGGAUGUCACAGAAGUUGUAGAACUGAAGGAUAUGACAGAAGUUUUACAACUACUACUAAAGGAUGUACAUAAAAUGAAACGGGACAUUAAUCUAACAAAAAGUGUGAUGCAGGCUGAUUAUGAAGCUAAAGUUCAGGAAAAGGCUACAGAACUGUAUUGUAGAAUUAAUGAAAAAGUAGCAGAAUUAGAAAGAAUUCAUGAAGAUAGAGUAUCGACUGUAAGAAAAGCAUUUAGACAACAGUUAGCCGAUGCAGUUGCCAGACUGGCAGUAUUGUAUAAUAAAAAUUUAGAAAACAAGAUGCAGAAAGAGAAGCAGAAGCAGGCAGGGGACCAGUAUCUACUGGAUGAAAAAUACAGAGAAUUACAACAAACAAUACAACAGAAUCAGAAUGUUAUAGCAAUGUUAAAGAUGCAGCUGUCUGCACAUCAACAGAGUAAAAUGGACCUAGAAAGUUCUGCAUCACCGUCAGAAAGGCCAUCAAACAAUUCACCAGCCUCAAUUCAGUCUCCGAUUUCACAAAAAUCUAAAUCACCACUGGCACCACCGCCUAACCUCCCACCACCUCCACCUCCUAAGGAGGCAAAGAAACCUAAAAAAUCCAAGCCCCCACCACCCCCAGAACCAGCGAGAGAAAAAUCUUUUCCUAAAGCUGUAACUCCAGAAACUAAGAUUGAGUCUGUGUCUAUGAGAACUCCAUCACCACAAUUUAACCAAGAGUUAGAGGACUUGAGGGUAGAGGUCGAAGAUCUUAAUGUCAAGGUCAAUAAUCUACAGGACCAAGUAGAUAACAAAGAUGAUGAAAAUAAGAAGUUAGAUCAACAAAUAGAAACAUUGAAUCAGGAGCUGGACCAAGAAAAAAUGAAGUUUGACAAGAUUAACAAAGACCUUGAAAAUACCAAGAAGGCAGCAGAGAAUGAGAAAGCCUCUUCUGAGAAACUGACAUUUAAAGAUAUUCGACAGUUUACAAAAAUGGAUAAACAGAGAGCAGAGAUGGAGAGAAUGUUCCAACAGAAAUUACAGAAAGCUCAGGAAGAGGCAGAGGCUAAUGCUCAGAGAGAGUCAAUAGCUCAACAGUCAGCAGAGAAAGACAAAGUCAAGUUACUCCAGGAUCAAAAGAAAUUGUUAGAGGAACAGCUUGCUAAGGAGAGAAAAAAGAACCAAGAAAAGGCUGAAAUGGACACAGAUAUUGAUAAAUAUGCCAAGAAUGAGAAAAGGUUGAAAGAAGAAAUAGAUAGAUUAAAGAGAGAAAUAGAGAGAGUACAUAGGACUUGGGAAAAGAAAUUUGCCAUAUUACAACAGAGUUUACAUGCCCUGAAGGAUGAGAGUUACAUCAGACAAACAUUACAGAGACAAGCUGCAGCCCUACAUCAUGCUGCUGUCAGUUAUGCUGUGGAUACACCCAUGGGUAUACUACCCACAAGUAAAAUAAACAGUCCUAUCAAGAAACCUGUUAUACCAGACAUUGGUAGAGGGAGACAACAGCCACCACCUCAACCCUCCCAAGGACAGCCACUCAAUGUUGGAGGAGUUUUAGGAGAGAAAGAUUAUAUUUCAUACACUGUAUCAGCUCCAAGUGGGCGUGGCACUGCUAUGUUUUCAGUUGAUGAAAACCAAGUGAUGUCUGAAGGAGAAGAUGACUUGCCUGUAGAUGUACAACCCUUACCUGACCCACCUUCUAGGCCUUCUCGAGAAUUGGUCACAGAUGGUACCCCGACAGAGAAAGAAAAGGCUAGAUUACACCAUGAAGGUCAAAGGACAUAGUUAUACACACUUAACAUUGGAAGUUUUAUAUUUUGUACUUGUAUCACAACUGUUUACUAGCAUAAUCUCAGGUCUGAAUUGUUCAAGUACUGAUAUUACAAGGUUGAGAUGAUGUUUUGUGGUGUUCUUUUUUUGCACCACCUGAGAUAAAUAUAUUGAUGACAUGAUAUAGAGGUUUGGUCAUUUUACAACAGCAUUUUCAAGGCAUAUUAUGCUUGAGUCAGCCAAAAAACCCUUUGAUAAGACUGCUGCUAAAUGUUUUUUAUAAAUGCUUAUAAGUUAUUUUAAUGUGUAAUUUUGUCAAGAGUGUGAGUGGUCAUAACUGAUUAAUAGUGGCUUGAAGGGGUUUUAUUUGAUCACCUGUUUUAAAGAAACAUUGGCAGGAGAUUAAUAAGAGUAUAAACAUGUCUUGAUGCUUUUUACCAUACUGCUGAUUUUAUGCUGAAGAUAUAUUUUUUUUUUCAAAGGCAAAUCUAAAGAAAUCAAUAUUAUAACUCCUAGAAUUCCUGUAUUUUAUUAAGAGAGGUGUAUUUUUUAACUUUUUGUGAUAAGUGUCUUAUUUCUGAGAAAUAGGUUACAUAUAUAUUUAUUAUACUGCUGUGACUGACUGUGAUAUUUAAUUUUUUUUUACACAUUUUUGUAUAUUCUUAAAAAAAAUAAUUUGUGAAGCUUGGUUUUGAUAUAGAUCACUAUAUUUUCACUCAAAACCAAUGUAUAACUUAAGCAUGAUUUUGUUUUGUUAAACAAGGUAUAAAUUCUGGAAAUAUUUUCAUUUUUUGUUUAAAAUUAAGACAUUAUUUAUUCCAACCAAGAAAAAUUGAUUUAUAAAAUCAUACAGUUUUUGUAUCUAGUGAAAUGAUAUUUUGUUAUUGAUAAAAGUUACUUCGUGAGACC